CUGAAUGGGGCUGCGGAGAACAUCCACGACUCUAAGACCUAUGUGGGCAGCAGAAGUAGGGCAGUGGGGUGAGAAUGCGCAGGCUUUGGGGUCAGAACGCCGGCUCCGGGUUCUCCUUGUGUCCCUGAGCCCUCCUCUCCCGGCCUCCCCUUCCCCACUUGCAACUGGAGGUGGUAAUACCUGUCUGGGCCAUCACCCUGCAGACAGCAGAGCAGCCCGCACGCAGUGACUGUUCGCAUCUCCGCGCUGGGGGCUCAGGAGGGAGCAGGUGCGCCCCGCGGGCUCUCCGCACGGAGGGAUCGGGAAGACCCGGAUAACCCGGCCGCCGGCCUUGCGGGAGAGCUGGUGGGCGCAGUGCGGGGGACGCAGCUCCCAGAGCCCGGGUUCUGAACCUUCUGGAGCUCAGGUUCUUCGUUUCAAACUUGGAAGGUAAGGGCCCCUGUACGGGGGUGUCCCGAGAUUAAUGGAGACGCCACGCGGAGACACCGCCGGGGCCGGUCGGACGCUCUGGACGCCGUAGCCGCCGCUCCCCAGCGUGCACGACGACGGAGGGACGCGACCGCACGGGUGCCCCAGCCCAGGAGAAACGUUAGGGCCCCGCCGCCCCGCGAAUCUCGGGGGCGGGGUGCUCUCUCCUCCCUGGGCGCUGCUGCAGGGCGAGCUCAGGAUGUGGACAAUCGAGGGGCACAUGAGCAUUUCCUCUAUGUAUCUUCUUCCUACUUCAGUUUCCAGAAAGUGCAGGAGAAGGGCUGGAACCGGCCACCUUUGGGGUUAACGCCUGUAAGCAGGAGGCACGGGCAGCACACUGUCCCUUUAAGGCGUUGAGCCAUGCCGAGGCGUUCUGCUCCUCUCCGCUCGCCGUAGCUGCCCUCCGAGAGGCCGGCUUUGUGCGUUUGCCCCGCCCCAGCAGUCCCCGCCCCGCGCGCGCGCGCACGCGCACUGUUGCUCCCCGCACCGCCUAGUUGAGCUCCCGCCCAGGCGGCGGCCGACGCGAAGCCUUGAGCGCCCGCCCCCGUCCCCCAGCCGCCCGGCAGGUCCGCUGUCGACAUUGCCUCUGAGGUUGGCCCGGCCCCGUAGGAGGCGGAGAGGUUUGGAUUAGCAGACAGCCCUUGCCACUGUGCGUCCUCCACUCGGAGCUGUGAACUCUCUACCCGCGUCGCCCUGCCUGGUGGGCUGCAGAGCCAUGGCAACCGAGGAGAAGAAGCCCGAGGCUGAGGCCGCCCGAGCACAGCCCACCCCGUCGUCGUCGGCCACGCAGAGCAAGCCCACACCUGUCAAACCAAACUACGCUCUGAAGUUCACCCUGGCCGGCCACACGAAAGCUGUGUCCUCCGUGAAGUUCAGCCCGAAUGGGGAGUGGCUGGCGAGUUCGUCUGCAGAUAAACUCAUUAAGAUUUGGGGAGCAUACGAUGGGAAAUUUGAGAAAACCAUCUCUGGUCACAAGCUGGGAAUAUCUGACGUGGCGUGGUCCUCAGAUUCUAACCUCCUUGUUUCUGCCUCAGAUGACAAAACCCUGAAGAUAUGGGACGUGAGCUCGGGAAAGUGUCUGAAAACCUUGAAGGGACACAGCAAUUACGUCUUUUGCUGUAACUUCAACCCCCAGUCCAACCUCAUCGUCUCGGGCUCUUUUGACGAAAGCGUGAGGAUAUGGGACGUGAAGACGGGGAAGUGCCUCAAGACCCUGCCCGCGCACUCGGACCCCGUCUCAGCCGUUCAUUUUAAUCGUGAUGGAUCCUUGAUAGUUUCAAGUAGCUACGAUGGUCUCUGUCGGAUCUGGGACACCGCCUCGGGCCAGUGCCUGAAGACACUGAUCGACGAUGACAACCCUCCCGUGUCGUUUGUGAAGUUUUCUCCGAAUGGCAAGUACAUCCUGGCCGCGACCUUGGACAACACGCUGAAGCUCUGGGACUACAGCAAAGGCAAGUGCCUGAAGACGUACACGGGCCACAAGAAUGAGAAGUACUGCAUAUUUGCUAAUUUCUCCGUCACUGGAGGGAAGUGGAUUGUGUCGGGCUCGGAGGACAACCUGGUCUACAUCUGGAACCUGCAGACCAAGGAGAUUGUACAGAAGCUUCAGGGCCACACAGACGUUGUCAUCUCGACGGCCUGUCACCCGACCGAGAACAUCAUCGCUUCGGCCGCCCUGGAGAACGACAAGACGAUCAAGCUCUGGAAGAGUGACUGCUAGGCCCGCCGCGCGGGGGCUGUCGGGAAGCCCACCCGGACUGGCGGGGGCGCGGCUCCCGGAGGGGCUCCCGGGGUCCGGGCCUGGGGGCCGGAGGGGCUGGGCCUGAGCCGCCUCUGAAGACGACUUGCCUGGGGCGUGUGUCCCACUGGAGGGUUCUAGAAGUUGCUGGUGAAGUUUCUCGCCAAUUCCUCUCACCGUUGGGGAAGAGUUCCUAGUCUGUGUUGUGUUCAAAGAGAGUCAACAGAAAUUUUUAAUUUUUUAUUACAAAAAGGUGAAGUUCAAUUUACCACGAGUUGUGUGUUUUUCCAGUAACUGUUCUGUACCGUUUAUGCGAUGUUAUUACCCAGUGCCAGCGCUGUGACCACGGCUGUGUUGCUGCCACGGCUUCUGGCCGCCAGCCUGGCCCACCCGAACUCGGGGGUUGCCCCUGUCAGUGCUCAGCAGAUGCCCUGGAGACACUGUCCCGCCUGUAGCAGUAGCCACGUGUCUCGAGUCUUUCUGGGAAGCGCAGAGCGGCGUGCACUGACGUCCGGGUAAAAGCCUUCUGUGUUUUGGGGUGGUUGCCCCUGUGCUGUUGGCGUGGCGACCACACUCAGGGCUUCCGUUUGUCCCACGGGUGGUCACACUACAGGCAGCGCCUCGGGCUGUAAUGAAGGUGGGGUCGUGUGCGCGUGUGGCAGCCGAGUUCUCAGCAAAGCUUUCCUCCAUGCGGCUCUUUUAGGAAAAGUCUCAGUUGGCAGGAGGUUGAAAGGAUUUUUCUCACGAGACAGGUCCCCCGAGUGAUGUGCCCACUCCUUCCUUGUCCACGCGGGGUCCGGGGCCGCAGAGGGCGAGUCAGCAGUCCCCGCGGGCUAACGGCGCGUAGAUGUGGGGCCGCGGGAAGGAGGCGGGGGGCCUAGUUGGGAUGGUGCCGGGGACCCUGCGACGUUGUCCUGUGGAACCUGGCGGACGCUGGCGAGGGCGGGGGUGUGGGCGCCCCGGGUCUGGGGCGCACAGGCUGGUGCCCGCCCCCGCCGCCAACCGCGGGACCCACGGGCUUGGGAGCCGGCCCCUCGCAGGGAGCUGGGUGUCAUCCGCCCUCCUCGCGCACCCAGCGGCUCUGCUUGCUGGGUCAGGGGCCUCUUUCCUGCCGGCGGGAGUGGGGUGUGGGGCGCACCGGACUGCAGGGCAGUGUCGUCGCAGAGCCGCUGCCGUCCACAGGGACCCCUCCCUGCAGCCAGGCCACCCUGGGGUUCCGAUCCCGCCUGUGGCCCCGAGACCUUUGCUGGGGAGGCGCGUCCCCUGCCUGAUGCCGGGCGGCGGGGCCAGUCCUUGGGCUCCAGGGGUCCCUGCAGAUGGGGGAGCGGCAGCCCACCCCGCAGCGGCCGCUGUGGCCCAGAGAGGACAGUCGCACCGGCGUCUGGAAACGAGCAUCCCGCCGUUCCCCCCCCACCACGUGGGAAGAAGCCGUGCGGACGCUGGCUGUCGUAGGAGCGAGUUGCUCCGGCGAAAGGACCCCCGUGUCGGCAGCGUCCGCACGGGGGACGCUGAGGCCCCGCGUCGGUGGCGGAGGCCUGGCCUCAGGAUUUCCGAGACCUUGAGGUUCUUUGGGUUUUGUUGGUUCCGGUGUCGGACUCGCCCCGGGGGGAGGGGCAUGCGUGCAGAGUGCCGUGUCCUUGAAUAUAGUUUAUUUUUUCUACAUUUGAAUUCUCUGUUGUAGAUUUAUGUAAAAAUACAUUCUCUUUUUGAAAAUAAAGAAUUUCCUGUCUUGUAA